UUGAAAUGAGAUUUGUAAAAUUCUUUCUUAAUUAGUGAUGGUAUGCCAGAAUAGACUUUCCACGGCCCAAACAUCCUGUUGCUUGGGAGAUUCUGAAUACUCUCAGCACUGCAAGACCAGUGAAGUUUACCUGGAUUUACAGCAAAUAAUCUGUCCUUACACAGGUAGUAGGUGAGCUUGCAUUAGAGCAUCCUGCUAUUUAUGAGGAAGCUGUUAGGUGGAUAAUAGUUUAUCUGGCAUCAAGCCAUUUGCCAAACUUCUAAAUGUGAGACUGGUUGCUGAGUCACAGUUUCAGCAACUGCAGUAACAGCUCAGAAAAAAAUCUAUCCUUUAGCUAGUGAAAACCCUGUAGAGCUGAAAAGAUGUAUUAUAUGUAUGCUUUUGAACUUUAAAAUAGAAAAGAGAGAAGCCAUCGACAGACCUUUUAUGUGUGCAUGUUGUUUUCUUCCUCUCCUCAGCACUUAGGUAACUAUAAAGCAGCUAAAAUCAACACAUGAAAUGUCAAGUUUGAAAGGGCAUGUGUGCAAAGAAAGUGUUUCAGGCUGAGGAUGUGGUUCAGAGCACUGACUGUACCAACUGUUUGUCCACUAAUAUAGCAACUGAGUUAAAAACAGGAUUUUCAGUCUUCAGGUAAACAACAAAUUUGGAAUGGGAGAAUGAUUUACCCUGAGAAAACAUUUGCAGUUCUGUGGUUCCCUAAUGACACCAGGCACGAUUUACUGAAAGAGGUGGUAAGAGAAGGUAGAAGGAAAGAAAAUAGGUUGAAAAGGGGACUAACAGAGCUCUAGCUAUUACAUUUCCAGAGCUGGGCUGUGUAUGUGUAUCGGCAUGAUGGCAACCACGUACUUCUUUCCUGCUCCAGCAGCACAGAUGUUGCUAUGAGGAAAGGAGUCAGCAAUGACUGAUGUGGAGCCCCUGGUCACAGAUUUUGCAGCAUCAGGAAGGUCGGGCCGCCGGAACGCCUUGCCAGAUAUCCUGGGCUCUCCUGCUGGUGCUGGGACUUCAGACCUGCCACACAAACUGGCUGAGCUCUCCGUUUCAGAAGAUGAAGGAGCAGAAGGUGGAGAAAUGCCAUCAUCCAAAGCCUUGCUGGAAAGUCAAGAGGCAGAGGGAAAGAGCAGUGAUUCCUAACACUUAAGGACUGCUGGAUUAGCGAAACCCAUCGACAGACUUUCCAGAGUUUCCCUGUGUUGUUACCUGUUCUGAAGUGUGGUAGCUACUGCAGCAGCACAGACAAGACUUCAAGACUUUUGCAACAUCCUUGUAUCUAGGUGGCAUUAAGAUGGAACUACUUUUUUUUUUUUUUUUUCUACUGUAGUCCAUCAGAAACAAUGUUCUACACAUCCCGACGGGAAGAGAACUAAAGAAUGUAUCUGUUGUUCUGAGUUCUGUAAUGGUUAUUGUAUUCAUCCUAACUAAUCUUCUUUCACAGUUUCAAUGAAUAUAAAUAGCAGAUGUACCAAGUAAUGAUCGCUUUAAAAUAAAAGACCUAUUUCUUAAUUUUCCAAAACAGCUUCUUUCUCUCUAACACAAAGGUGUAUUUAUUCUCCCCACCUUAAGAAGAUAAUAAGUAUGUAUUAGAUUACAGACCUAAUCUGCAGUUCAUCUCCAGAGAUUUUUGUUCUCAUUAGGGAUAUGUAGAUGAAUGUGAAAAUUAG